AUGGACUGGCUACCUGAGUAUCUACCAAACUUCAUGAAAAGGAUACGAGAGCCCUCUGAGAAGUCCAAGAAGGAUAAGAAAGAAAGGCUGAGAGAAUCCUCUAGGUCAAGACCUCCAGUCCCUCUGGCUGGCUCUCCAACUCAGUUACAAGCUCGUGCUCUGGCCUCUCAACAGCCAUCACACUCUGAACCUGAACCAGAAGUCACUUCCCUACCUCUUGAACAUCCAAAUCCAACUACAUCUGAACAACCUCAAACACCACCACCUGCACAACAACCAAAUCCACCUUCUGAACAACCAAUCAACUCUGAACCGCAACCAACACAGUCACCUUCUACCAUUCCCACACCCACAACUUUCGUUGCCUCCAUAACUCCCACACUAAAUCUCAGUGCCCCAAACUCACCUUUUCCAUCCUCCCCAGCCUCUGCCGCUGAACCAGAGACUACCCUCCAUACCGUAGAAGAAGCAAUACAGGUUUUUGCAGAGUCUUCAAUAGAGAAGAUCAAGUCUUUGACGAUCAAUUCUGGCAUCAGUGAUGAUCCUUCUGAAGUAAGGAUCCAUUGGAACAGAGUGAUCAGUUGGAUAACCUCUGAAGCCUUCAAACUGAAAGGCCUCUCCGAACAAGUCUGCAACGACUUCAUCAGAGACGCUGGUAUUAGGCUCCAAGAGUGCUUGGCCAGAGAGGAUGAGGAACGAGCGAGGAAGGAAGAUGAAGAGAAAGCAUGCCAAGAAGAAGAACAACGAAUCAAAGAAGCUGCAGAGAAGGUUGUUGUUGAUACUGCGACUGCUGUUGAGGCUGAGGCAAAAGCUAAAUCCGAAGCUGAAGAAGCAACUCGUAUUGCUGCAGAAGAAGCUGCCAAGGCCAAAGCUGAUGCACUGACUCAGGGGGAGCACUCCAACUCUGGGUUUGUCCCUCUGGUCUUGAAGACUCUUGAAUUCUUCUUGGAAUUUGCGAAAUAA